AUGGUUUCUUCACUGAUGUUAGGUCUAAUGGGUCCCAAUGUCCCUUAUGCACCUUCUAUGCCAGAAACUGUUCAAGAUCUUGAGAAGCCUGUUCGCCUUCCUGCAUUCCAUACAAGUGAGCUAGGACCAUGGUGUGCUAUUAUCUCCUAUGAAGCAUGUGUUCGUCUCUGUCUAAAAAAUUGGUCCAUAGGAAGCCCUGAAGCUGUUUCCUUCUUAAAAAAUGAAUGUUCCCUCCUUCGAUCCGCUUUCUGUUUGGAACAAUAUCUAUUACAACCAGAAGAAGAGUUAUUGAGCAAAAAAUGUUCCGAAUUAGUUGUUACAGGAGUUCCUAAAAAACCCCAAAAAACCUUUGGAAAGUUGAAAGUUCAAGUGAGAAAGGUUAAAAUGGUGUUGGAUCCACCAAAUGGUUGCACUUUUUCCUCAAUUAAAAAACCUCCAUUGAUGAAAUUACAAAAAAUUAAUCGGCGUUUAUCCUCCACAAAAUCAACAAUACAUUCAGAAUGGGAAGCAAUAAGAAGAGUUCGUGUGACACCAAAUUUUUCUACAAAUGGAUCACUUUCACAUCAAAGUCUUGCUUAUUUACACUUUGGAACACAGUAUUUAAAAGAUAUAUCAGGUCUCUUAAAAGUAGGCAUAACAAGUUUGCAUAAUUCUCCAACACCUCCUGAAGCACCUGAAGAAACAUACGUAUGUUCUUUGAGAUUAAAAAGUUCAUCUGAUGCUGAUGUGACACGUAUGCAGCCAGGAAGUAGUGAAACUCAUGUAUUCUUGCCAGAUGGCAUGAGAGAUGAUUUGCUUAUUGAAGUUACUGAUUCAAAAGGAAAGUAUUGUGGACAUGUCAAAGCACAGAUAGCAGACAUAACUGAUGAUGUGGGAGAUAAGCUUAGAUGGUGGCCAAUAUACCAUGAACCUGAACAUGAACUUGUUGGAAGAAUACAAUUACACAUGCAGUAUUCAACUACUACAGAUGAGAAUAACAAUGUUAAGUGUGGAAUUGUGGCUGAAACUAUAGCAUAUGACUCAGUGUUAGAAGCAGCAAUGAAAGUUCAAAAUUUUCAACAAAGAAAGCUUCUACUUCAUGGAUCAUGGAAGUGGUUGGUGACUGAAUUUGCUUCUUACUAUGGAGUUUCUGAUGCAUAUACAAAACUAAGAUAUCUUUCAUAUGUUAUGGAUGUUGCUACACCAACUGCAGAUUGUUUAAAUGUGGUGUAUGACUUAUUGUCUCCAGUAAUCAAGAAAGGGAAAAUGAAUGGGACUUUGAGUGUUCAAGAGAAUCGGAUGUUGGUGUCACUUUCUGAUGAAAUUGAAGAAAAAAUUGCUUUAGUUUUUGAAAACUAUAAAUCACUGGAUGAACAUUCAUCAUCAGGAUUAACAGAAUCACCUAAAUCUUCAUCUGGAUUCAUAUCUCCUGCUUUAAAACCUGCUUUAAAACUCUACACCCUUUUGCAUGACAUCAAAUCUCCAGAAUCCCAAUUGCAGUUAUGUAAAUAUUUUCAGACUGCUGUAAGAAAGAUUUUAGCAAGACACCUGGCAGAAACAAACGAAUUUGUCUCCACUACAACUGAAAAGUCAACAGUUGACCAGAUUGCUUACUCAUCUGCUUAUCAGAAAAUGAAGUCUCUUUGUUUAAAUUUCAGAAAUGAAAUUGCAAGUGACAUAAAAAUAAAUAAUCAGCAUGUGCUUCCAAGUUUUGUAGACCUUCCGAAUCUUUCUUCAGCUCUUUAUAGCACAGAGCUUUGCAAUAGAAUGCGUGCAUUUCUUGUUGCAUGUCCACCCAUUAGCCUCUCGCCACCUGUCACAGACUUAAUUAUCACAACUUGUGAUUUUCAGAGAGAUCUUGAUUCCUGGAAUAUUAGUUUUGUGAAAGGUGGUGUUGAUGCCAAAGAGAUGUUCCAUGUUUAUAUAACACGUAGGAUUCAUGACAAACACCUUGAAUUACUUGAAUCCUGCAAACUUGAUAAGGGUGUUGUAGCACAAAAUUCAACAUCUGUUUUUGUUGAUGAUAUGUAUGAGAAACUUAAAGAGACAUUGGUUGAAUUUCAAGUUAUUGUUUCUCGUUGGCCUCAAUAUACUUUGCUUUUGGAGAAGGUAAUAGCAGAUGCUGAAAGGGUAAUUAUGGAAACUCUGGAGAAACAAUAUAGUGAAAUUUUAUCUGCAUUGAAGGAAAACACAAUCCCAGUUAAAGCAGUACAAUAUGUUCAAAGAAUCGCAAAAGGAAAUUCAUUGCCUUAUACUUUCCCUGAAGAGUUAGGAAGUCUUUUUAAUUUGAUAAAGAAGAUGCUGGAUGUGCUACAACCAGAAAUAGAAAGGCAGUUUAAAUCAAGGCAUGUGUGUGUUUCAGUUUCAGAGAGUGAAAAUGCAGCUCCAGGAGAACUUCUGAGUGAAGUAACUGUAAUGCUGAAAACUAAAUUUAGAAACUAUCAGCAAUCAGCUAUUGAGAAACUUGCUGGAAAUACAAGGUUGCAAAAUGGAACAAACCUGAAGAAGGUAAUCCAAGAAGCAAAAGAGAGUGUUGGUGAAUCGGAAAUAAGAAGCAGAAUGCAGCCUUUAAAGGAUGUGUUGAUAAAGAUAAUAAGUGAUCUCCAUGGUUUUCUUGACUUUAAUGUCUUUACACUCUUUUGUAGAGCUUUAUGGGAUCGAAUGGGACAGGAUGUGCUGAGGGUGUUGGAGAAAAGGAAAGAGAAUUGGUCUUAUAAAGCCUCACGAGUUGCACUCUUGGUUUUGAAUGAAACAUUUGCAUCGGAAAUGCAAUCAUUGGUGGGAUACAUGCUGACAGAUAAAGAUGUGGAGCCACCCACAUCAAUAAAAGAAGUGCAAUCCAUGUUAUGUAAAGAUUCAUGAAAUGAAAUACACAUUUGUAGUACUAGUAGUAGUUUGUAUAGGAACUUCUUCAACAACUACAUUAUCUUUUCAAAACAGGCUUUAUGAAGAGAUAUAUAAGACUCCAACAUAUGUAGAUGUAGUUAUGACAGUGUUUAGCUGAUGUGAGACGUAUGACUCGUGAAUUUUUUUUUUGAAAAGAGUAGUUUGUUUUGAGGGUUAUUUUGAUUUGAUUGUUUUUUAGUGGGAAAAUCA